UAAGCUUGAAUGAGAGUCACACAAUAAGAUAAGGUUAAAUAUUCCAAUUCUCAACUCAUCACAAACACACUUGACAAUUAUUAUCUUCAGUUCAUUGUGACUUAGAUAUGGCAAAAUCUGGAAAUUUUGUAUCUCAAAGAAGCUUUAGUCCAAUAUUCAAUCCAUGCCAUACUGCUUCCAAGGCAAAAACCUUCAGAUUUCUCUCUCAUUUUCACACUUACAAUAAUUCUAAUGUUAGUAGUUACACUAUCACAGCUUCUACCAAAAGAAAAGGAAACUUGCAAUCUCCAUUGAUUAGGAAGAACCCCCGCCGUCUGAUUACAAUAUCGCCGUCUGAUGGAAAAUAUCACGGGGAAUGGACGUGUGAUUAUCAUGUAUCUUUGCGCGACCUACAUUUACAGGAUUUGAUUAAAGGUGAAGAUGAUCCAAGUAAGAAUGCACAAGUAUUCAUCAACCUCUCCAUCCAAAAGCAUGCUAGCUUUGGCUUAUCAGUAGAUGCAAGAAUCUCCACAUCCUUGCCUUCAAAAUGCAGCAACUGUUCUUCCCCAUAUUGCAGACAGCUUGACGCAAACUUUAACGCAUGGGUUCUCAGGGCUGCAAGUAGAGAUAAAUGUAAGACGCCGCUACCUGAAAUUGGAGGCGACCCUUACGUGAUAUAUACUAGACCCGGAUGCGAAGUUGAUCUUGAUUCUCUUGUACAAGAUGCCAUCAGGCUAACCUCAGCAGUACAAGACACUUGCUCGAAGUUGUGCGCCUCGGAGUUGCGUGCCUCUGAGGGUACUAUACUAUAUGAAACUCGGCAAAGUGAGGCAUCGUUUGAUAAAAGAUGGUCGAGACUAUUGGAACUAAAGAAAACGAUUUUAUGAUUCCUGACAUUAAAUGCGAAGUUUCGUGUAUAGAAUAAUCAUCAGAUUGCAUAUAGAUUGUAUGUAUAAUAAUAAUACAUUGAUGAACAUAUCCUGAUACUUACAGUUUGUAAUUGUAAUUGUCACCGAUCAUGCCAAAAAUGUUAAUAAUUCCAACUAUCAUCGAUACUGAGUACAAGCCGAGCUUUCAACGAACACGAUUCACAAGGAAGAAUCACUGAUCCGGGUAAAGCAUCAGCAUUGCGUACAGAUACGUUGCUUCCAUCUCUCAACAAGGAAUAUCCCAUUUUCUGCAACUUCGACAAAUCCACAGAGAAGUAGUCACCGCAUCGACAUUGAUAAAACAGUUCCAAUGUUUCGCCAGCAUCUUCAGCAACCUCGGAAGCGGAUAAAUCCUCCUGCCUUGAACUUUGAGACAAACGAGCCGUUGAAUCGCCUAGAAUUUCCCAUGCCUGGUGUACUCAAAUAUAUCAAUAUCUACAUGUCCCUUGUUACCCGAGAUCGGAUUUUAUUCAUCCUUGUAUGAUUUACUCAAAUAUAUCAAUAUCUACAUGUCCCUUGUUACCCGA